CGAAGACCUACAAGUUUUGAUCGUAAUUAGGUGAAUGCCAUCGAAGAAGAAUUGGACUCACAUCAGCUAGCAUUGCUAAGCAUAGCGGCUGUAUAUAACGCAUACCACCGACGGAAGCUCCGAAAAUCGCACUCGCAUAUAUAUCUCGCAUUCGGCGCGGGUGGUCCAGGAACUACUAGAUACAGCACAGACUGGUCUAUAUCAAUCCCCGGAGAAAGUGAAGAGCGAAUAUCCCCCAAGUUAUCAGCAUUAUCCCAGAGACUCGUUGCAGUACCAAACAAUCAAGAUGUCUUCCAAACUCUUCCUCUACGACCAUCCCAUGUCAUCCUACGCCCAGAAAGUGCGAAUGGCACUUCGCCACAAAGGCCUAGCAUUCAAAAAAGAAACGCCCGAGAACCUCGGAGCAGGAAAUCCAAACACCGCCUUCAAAUCCGCAAAUCCUCGAAUGGAAGUCCCAGCUUUGAUCGAUGGCGAUUUCAAAAUUUUUGAUUCCACCGUCAUUCUCAUGUAUCUUGAAGACGCAUAUCCUGAUACCCCAUCCCUGUUUCCGGAAGGAGGAAAUGAUGCAAAGGCAAAAGCGGAAGCUCGGAUGAUUGAAGAAAUGCUUGAUACGCAUUAUGAAGCGAUCAAUUGGGCGUUGGGGGAGAUUGGGUGGUUUAAACGUGCUGAAGGGGCUGAAGCUGAGCGAUUGAAAGCUGCAGCUAGGGAGCAGAUUCAGCAGAUUCAGGAGUGGUUGGCGACGAAAUUGGGCUCGAAAGCUUUCUUCUCUGGUGAGAAGGUUGGGUAUGCGGAUUUCGCGGUGGCUCCGAUCUUGAAUCGUUCCGUUAUUAACGGAGAUGGGCCAGCUCCGGGUUCUGCUUUGCACGCUUGGUGGAAGCGAUGUGCUGAGGUCCCGGCGAUCAAGCAGACUUGGGAUGAGGUUGCUGAAGCUGCUCCGAAAAUGGCAGCCAUGGGGCCUGAGGCUUGGAAGAAGGGUAGUGGUAGGAAGAGGGAAUAUAGAGAUCAUCGAUUGGAGUUUUUGAUCAAGAAUGGUGGGAUUGGAAUUGUGCAGAAGGGUUUGGAGGAUGAUAAUAUCAGGUUUAGUUGGCCGCAGCCGAGGAAGGGUGGGAAACUGUGAUCGUGAUCGAUUUCUGGAGCAAGUCUCAGCCAUGCCUUCGAUCGGCGUCUUGAAUUAUCUGGACGCGGUCAAUUGGCGUAUCGUAACUAUUUAGUUGGUCUCGAACCUCGCAAAUAUACUGAUCAAUGUAUCUUGCAGGAGUUAGGUGUUGCCCAAG